GCCUGUACGCACGCACGCCAAUGGCCGGCGGGGCGGCAGGCUCGCGCCCGGGCUCGCCCUGUGCCGCGCCAGAGGCACGCGCACUCAGCAGAUUGGGCUGCGGCGGCGGCGGCGGCGGCGGGUGCUGUGGGAGCUGAGGCGCUGCGUGUCAAAGGUCCUAGACGUCUGCGGCUCCGGCUCCGCCACCCUCAGCCUCUCACUCCAGUAUCCGUGCCGGGUGCUGAGAACCGAAACGGCGCUAGCCUUGCGAAUCCAGAGCAUACUGCUCGCCUUCUUCCGACACCGCCCUCCUUCCCUACCCAGCCGUGGGCCUCGUUCUGUGCUAGGCUACUCCGCGGGGAGGCGGCGGCGACAGUUGCUUGUCUGUGGAGAGCAGUCCUGCCCCCAAGACUUGCUCCGCCGCCGGGCCCUGCAGGGGCCUAGAAAGCUCGGUGCCCGUCUUUCCUCUAGCCUUUUUCAUCAGCCGGUUGGAGCAGCGUCGGUCCGGGAGGUCUCUGGGCUGAGGCGGCGGUAGCUCCUCCGGCUCCAUCAUGUCCGCGGGCGGAGACUUCGGGAAUCCGCUGAGGAAAUUCAAGCUGGUGUUCCUUGGAGAGCAGAGCGUUGGAAAGACAUCCUUGAUUACCAGAUUCAUGUAUGACAGUUUUGACAACACCUAUCAGGCAACAAUUGGUAUUGACUUUUUGUCAAAAACAAUGUACUUGGAGGAUCGAACAGUACGAUUGCAAUUAUGGGACACAGCAGGUCAAGAGCGGUUCAGGAGCUUGAUUCCUAGCUACAUUCGUGACUCCACUGUGGCAGUUGUUGUUUAUGAUAUCACAAAUGUUAACUCAUUCCAGCAAACUACAAAAUGGAUUGAUGAUGUUAGAACAGAAAGAGGAAGUGAUGUCAUCAUCAUGCUAGUAGGAAAUAAAACAGAUCUUGCUGAUAAGAGGCAAGUGUCAAUUGAGGAGGGAGAGAGGAAAGCCAAAGAGCUGAAUGUUAUGUUUAUCGAAACUAGUGCAAAAGCAGGAUACAAUGUAAAGCAGCUCUUCCGACGUGUUGCAGCAGCUUUGCCUGGAAUGGAAAGCACGCAGGACAGAAGCAGAGAAGACAUGAUUGACAUAAAACUGGAAAAGCCUCAGGAGCAACCAGUCAACGAAGGAGGCUGUUCCUGCUAAUCCCUCUUGGCAUCUUCAGCUUUUCUCCAGAAGCUCAUUGCUUUGGCCCCCUUACUCUUUCAUUGACUGCAGUGUGAAUAUUGGCUUGAACCUUUUCCCUUCGGUAAUAACGUAUUGCAAUUCAUCAUUGCUGCCUGUCUCGUGGAGAUGAUCUAUUAGCUUCACAAGCACAAAAAAGUCAGUGUCUUUAUUAUUUAUAUUUUACAGAAAGUCAAAUGAUUCCAGCAUAUUCCAGUGAUAACUUUAAAAAUUAGAUACAUUUUCUUAACUUUUUUUUCCUUUUUAAUGUUAUGAUAAUGCACUUCAAAAUGAUGGAAUUCUCAGCAGUAUGUGGCUUGGUGAAAGAACAGUUGUUCACGGCAGCACUUGCUUACCUACUUGACCUCUCCCUGCCUUUUUUGCCUCUCCCUUACCCCAGCCUGUAUUCUUACUACUCUCCCUCCCUCAGAGUAAACAAGAGGUGGCAAAGCAGCAGUCAGACCAAGCACACUGGAAUUAUCCUUCAGUUUUAGUGAUACUUGCUCUAGGCCUUGAGUCAAGAUGUCCAAAAUUAUUCUUGAGCACUGAUAUAAAUUACAUAGACCUCAUUUGAGGUCAAAACUCAACUAUCAUGGUAGGCAGUGCUUGAAGUGUUCUGGUGCAUCUUUUAAAUGAGUCCUAAUGAACAUAGUACUUUCAAGUAAUGAACAAAAAUGUAUUUUUAACAAAAAAAUAUGAUCCUUUCACAUGGUAGACUGUGGGAGAGAGAAGUGAAAGUGCUCCAGAACAGGUUUUUAAUAUUUAGUUCUUCUAAUGAACUCUCUCUCCCAAGAUUUUAAGAGUUACUCUGUUUGUUUAAAAAAAAAAAUUUAAGCAAUAGAUUUCUCCUGUUUUUUUUGUUUGUUUGUUUUGUUUUGUUUUUUAAAGCUCUGCAGGCAAGGCACUGUGGAAAUCAAAUUCCUUUAAGAAGAACCAGUGGAAGAAUUUAAAUUAGCCACCUUGAUCAAAACUACUAUACCCAUUAAAAACAACGAUAUCUAAAGCUUACCAACAAAAGAAUCCUCAACAAAAUAGCAAAUACUUUGCUCAGGAUAUUUGAGGUCAGAAUGAAAAUGGCAAGUUUUUCAAUAAGCCUGUAGAGGCAGAUCUUGAAAAAGCAUACAUAGAAGAGGGUAAGGAGGGAAUGGAAAUAAAACUCAAUAUUAUGCAGAUUUAUGCCUUAUUUUUUAGCUUUUUUUAAAUGUUGGGUCUUUCAGGCUGGUUUUGCUUUUUAUUAGAUCUGUAUAGUUUGGUUAAUUAACUAGUAUUUAGUUUUAUAUUUAAAAAGCUACAAUUAAUCUUUUUUCUUUGGUGGUAUUUAUUUCUUUGCCUUUUUAAAACUACUUUUAAUUUUAGAUGUUUUGUUUAAUCUAUUUAGAGCUUCAUCACCAUGGCAAUAUGUAUUUUCCUUAAAACACUGCAAACAAAUAUACUAGGAGUGCACCAUUUUAAUCUUUACUAGUUAUUGUGAGAUUGCUGUGUAAGUUAAUAAACACAUUUGUGAAUACAUUAUUUGCAGGAAGAAAUUUUCUGAGUUACAGCUCAGGAAAAGCCUGCUGAAUUUAUGUUGUAAGCGUUACUUAACACAGUAUAAAGAUGAAAAGACAACAAAAAUAUCUUCAUACUUCUUCAUUCCC